AUGGCCAAUAUGGAUCAGAUGAUGGUCCAAAUAGACAACCCGGCCAACAAGACCAACAACGUGAUCGGCGAAAGCACCAUACAGAUCGCUAACACAGGAUGUGCCCGGCGAGGCUUCACGGUUUGCCUAGCUGCUUGCGCCACCGGUCACAAGCUCCCAGCCUUCAUUAUAUUCAAGGAGCAAAGCGGGAAAAUUCCAGCCAGGGCCUUUGCGAGCCUUCGCAUACCAGAGUGGUCCCCAAACGUCGACGACGUGCGACGGUUAUUGGUACUGGACCAAGCGCCCAUUCACAAAACGCAAGCUGCAAAAAAUGCCUUCGAGGAGUACGAUACCGACGUGCUCUACGUGCCUGCAGGGUGCACGAGCAUUCUGCAGCCUGCUGACGUUUAUUGGAAUAAGCCAUUUAAAUCUACCCUGCGGCGUUUGUGGGAGCAAUAUAUGCGUGAGGAAGAGCGAACCCCAAAGGGAAACUUGAAGAAGCCGUCGCGGAAACAAGUGCUUGAUUUUGUUGCCGAGGCAUGGGCCGCUGUACCCGACGAGACAGUGGCACGAUCCUUCAAGGGGUGCGGCAUUAGCAACGCACUCGAUGGCUCGGAGGACGGCGACCUGCAUAGCGGACUGGCAGAUGUUGGAGCAGUGGUGCCAGAAGACCGGGCCGGACUUCAAGCGGAAUGCUGCAAUCUUUUCUUUGCGACUGACUCCGAAGAGCAUUUUGAUGGUUUUGAAAGUGAUUAA